GACCUUUCCUCCGUCUGGAUACGUUCAACAAUCAUUAAGUCUGGUACAUUUGAUGUUUACUCGCUGGACUCGAUAUGUGUAAGCGACCAACGCGUUGCUUUCAUAUGCCUUAUUGAGCGUAUAGCGUUAACACGAGACUGGGAACAAACGUUCGUUUCAGUAUCAUUUUCAAUAUGUUUUCGUUUUAAAUAAGUAACAGAGAAGGGGAAACAAGAAGGACUCACCACACUCUCCGCCGGCUGAACUCGAUGUCAAUCGCUGCAGUUUCCUUGUUGUUGAGAUGACGUCACGUGAUAUAGGCGGAACCUCCGAUUUGAUUUCAGCGACCAAUCAGCGCUUACAGGAAAUCGCGGUUACUUCGAUUUGAUGUUCACACGCACUGAUAGGUAUCAGGGCACAAAUAAACAAGGACCGAAGUCAACGUUUUAUCCCAGCGUGUUACACGGGUUGUGAUUCAACGGGGUUUAUGUACGCUGUAGAGUAUACCGCUUAUUAUUAUCGGAGGCCGAGUCAGAGACACUCUUGGUAAACGUGCACUCGCGCGCUGCUUCAUCCGUUAAUCCGGCGUGGUCUUCAGUACUGUUGAAGAUGCCGAUGGUUUUAAGAGUCAGGAAAUCUAUUGCAAGCAACAGCCAGGAGCUCACCGCAGAGGGAUGGGACGGAGCACCGCAGAAACAGAAUCGCCGUCGAAGGCAGACGGUUGCGACGGACGUGGUGAAAGAGGAGUCAGACUGCGAUUCAGACACGGGAGAAGAAGAGAUGGAGAGACAUGAGACGUUGCUGCCGGAAGAAAAGGCACAGGAGUUAAAAGAGUGUAGUGUGGUGCUGGACCGAAUGGGUUUCUGUGACAAGGAUUCCAAGAGUGAGCUGGAUGGGAAGGAGGAGUCUAACAUCAGGGUUGGAAAGCCUGUCUCAAGAAUCCCAACAUUUACAAAACGGUUUCCUGGUUCAACACAAGCCACAGAGAUUGGGCUUUCCAGAAAAGGUUUAGUCAGUGAUGCAGCAGAGCCUUCUGAGGCCGCAAGCCAAGCAGUGGACGUUGUUGCUGAUGUCGGAGAGAAGCAGCUUCCAGCAUCGUCAGUCUGUGAUACACCCUUGUUUUCCAGCAGCAAAGACCAAUAUGCAAAGGUGACUUCAUCUCAGUCUGAGUUGAAAAAGCUACCUCUGAUGACUGCGAGUCCCCGGCCCUCUCUCAGACAAGAUCCAGGACUUGAGGCAUCUUUGCUGGCCCAAAACAAGCGCAGAGACCUGCAGCUGAUGGACCAAACAUGUGCUUAUAGCAACCCCAGCAACGUCAAGUUAAUAAGUAUUGACACUGAAACCAAAAUCUCUACCACAGGAAGUCUGCUGUCAGAAGCUGCAGGUACUCCUCAUACACCAAAACCCUUCCCAGUGGAGUACAUUAUGGAAGAGGAACCGCCAUGGAAUGCUGAAAUAGCAAACACACUUGAAUUACAAGACAGCAGGUCCGCUUCAGAUGCUGACGUUGACAGUGAUUUGGAAGACAAAGCCACUAUAAAUUUGAAUGAAGAGGAAGUGAAAGACCUAAGGGAACUUCAUGUAGACUCCCAGAGACUCAGCGAACCAACUGAGGAAGAAGAACAGAUCACAAACCCAAUCAGUGCACUGGAAAAGUCAUUCAAAAGUAAAUCCACCAUGUCCGCUCAGCGUUCUAGGUGCUCCAGUUUUGGCCUAUUCUUUCUCCUGCCCACGGCUCUUUUGCUCCUUGGGGGGCUUGGUCAGCAUGUUUGGUACUAUGGUCUUCCCAUGUCAGUUGUUCAACUUUGCUCUCAGAUGGAGCUGCACUGCCUGGAGGGCUUUGGUCUGGUACAACAACCCUGCAGUGACGAUUGUCGGGCGCAUCUUGUGGAGAGCAUUCCAGAGGGUCUUUAUCCCUCUUCCCUCUCACCUUGGCAGAGUAUUGGAAACACUUGGCUCCACCUGCUGGACAAAGCUAACCACUCUGUGGACGUUGCCGCUUUUUAUCUGACUCUGCGGGAUCUACAGUUUUCCAAUCCUACUGAUGUUCAGGGAAGAAGAGUGUUUGAGCAGUUAAAGCAACUAAAAUCCAAAGGUGUGAAACUCCAAAUAGCUGUCAACUCUCCACAGACCUCCUCUCAGGACUCACGAGAGCUGGCUGAUGCUGGCGCAGUCAUCAGAGAGGUGAACCUCAAGGCAUUAACUGGAGGUAUUGUCCACACAAAGCUGUGGGUGGUGGACCAGAAGCAUCUCUACAUUGGAAGUGCCAACAUGGAUUGGCGCUCUUUAAGUCAGGUGAAGGAGGUGGGUCUGGCAUUGGAGGACUGCAGCUGUCUGGCUCAGGAUGCCGGCCGAAUCUUUUCUCUCUACUACAGCCUUGGUGUCGCCAACGCCUCCCUCCCACCGUACUGGCCAGCACGCUUCUCUGCUCUUUCAAAUUCCCAGAAUCCUAUGCCACUCAAGUUGAAUGGAGUCUCUGCCCAAGUCUAUCUAUCUACUGCUCCUCCUCAGAUUUCAGCUCGUGGGCGCUCAGAUGACCUCAACACCAUCUUGAAUGUCAUCAGUGACGCUCAGAAUUUUGUUUAUAUUUCUGUCAUGGACUAUCUCCCACUGUCAGAGUUGACAAAGCCGAUCAGGUUCUGGCCUGCCAUUGACUCUGCGCUGCGUGCUGCUGCCUGCACGGCCCAUGUCAAGGUGAAGCUGAUGGUGAGCUGCUGGCAGCACUCUCAGGCCUCCAUCUUCACCUUCCUGCAGUCUCUGCAGGUGCUCCAAAAGCCGCCACUCUCCUGUGACAUCCAAGUGAAAGUGUUUACUGUGCCCUCAACUGAAGAGCAGAAGAAGAUUCCUUUUGCAAGAGUUAAUCAUGCCAAGUUCAUGGUUACAGACAGAGUUCUCUAUGUCGGCACAUCCAACUGGUCUGAGAACUAUUUCACACAGACUGCUGGAGUGGGUCUGGUGGUCAAUCAGACUGGUUCCACAGUUCGAAGUGACCAGACGACUCUGCAGAACCAAGCAGAAGAGCUCUUCCUCCGGGACUGGACAUCACAGUACGCCAAGUCCCUCAGCGUAGAAGACAUGCAUGUCUGCCCUCUUGUCAAGCACUGAAGGUUUCCAUUUAAGCAGCACUUACGCUCUGUAUUGACAAGGACAACUGUUUUUAUGCACCCGAAAUGUCUAACUCAGCUGCUUCUCUUGAUGACUGCUGCGGCCACUCUCUGUAUAUGUAUAUGAUGUAAUUUGGCCAUGCCUUGAACCAUUCAACUAUUCUCCUGUUGCUACAGUUUUUGAAUAAUCUGAUGCUGGAAAUAAAA